UAACCGCUAGUUUGCGCGGUUAUAACGACCGAGACACGCACCGAGGGCAAGAACUCGACCGAUUUUUCAGCGACAUCGAUCACGCGCGCGCGCGCGCGCGCUCACCCGAUCGGCUUUCACGAUCGACGAACUUGCUCGCACGCGCGAUCGACGCUCGAGUUCGCUUACUUCUUUAUUCGAGAGUUAGCCGCGUCCAGUCGAAUCGCAGGCAUGGCUGUCUUAGUUGUCUUUGUUGUUUCCUGCGCGAUCGCCUUGAGCGAGGCGGCCUCCAUCGGGUAUGUCGUCCGUGCCACCUCCGGGCCGAAGGAUCUCUGCGUCAGCGAGGUUUAUUGCAUAGGCCCGCUAUUGGAUAUGGUGCAACGUUCUGGGAUUUUCAACGACAGCAAAACCUUCGUAGACCUUCCCCAGCUUCAGGAUCCGGAUGUAACUGUUGACCACUUUAACACUUUGAUGAAGUCUACCAACAACAAGCCAACCCGCACAGAUAUAAAUAGAUUCGUCCGGGAGAAUUUUGCUACGGAGGAUGAACUAGAAAAUGCAACGUUAUCCGACUGGAAAGAAAAUCCCUCCAUCUUGAAAUCCAUUCACGAUCCCGUCUUCCGUGAGUGGGCGAAAAAUUUGAACAACAUUUGGAGAAAGCUGGCGAGAAACAUGAAGAGCAACGUGACGGCGCAUCCGCAGCGGCAUAGCCUGAUUUCCGUGAAUAACACUUUUAUCAUUCCCGGAGGACGGUUUAAAGAGUUUUAUUACUGGGACAGCUAUUGGAUAAUCGAGGGGCUGUUGUUAUGCGACAUGCACCUCACCGCUAAGGGGAUAAUCGAAAAUUUCCUGUCGAUGGUGGAGAGAUACGGUUUCGUUCCGAACGGCGGCAGAGUUUAUUACCUCUCGAGAAGCCAACCACCUCUGUUAAUACCUAUGGUCGCAAAAUACUAUGAAUUUACGCACGACAUCGACUUCCUGAGCAAAAACAUAGCCCUCCUCGAGACCGAGUUUGAAUACUGGCAAAACCAGAAGACAGUGAACGUAACGAAGAACGGUCAGACUUACAGGAUGGCACGUUACGUGGUAAACAGCAGUGGUCCGCGACCCGAGAGUUACAAGGAGGAUUACCAAUUGGCCGCGCAACUGCCGGAGCAGAAGCGAGAGGAGCUUUACAACGAGCUGAAAGCCGCGGCGGAGAGUGGCUGGGACUUCUCUUACAGAUGGGGCGUCGUAACCAACGAGAAUGCCAAGCUCAGUCUCGUCAACGUCUCCACGAGCAACAUUAUACCCGUCGAUUUGAAUGCGAUAUUAGAGCGAAACGCCAGAUUGCUCGCCUUCUUCCAUAUUAUCCUGGGUAACACCGAGAAAGUCUGGUCUUAUGCCCAAAUUGCGAAGGACUAUCGGGCUGCUAUCGACAACAUCCUCUGGAAUGAGGAGGAAGAAAUCUGGCUCGACUAUGACGUAAAAAACAAACGAUCAAGAAAUGCAUUCUACCUGUCGAAUUUAACGCCUCUCUAUACGAUGAGCUAUAAUAACUCGAAGACAACCAAAUAUGCAGAAAAGGCUGUUACUUAUCUCGACAAGAACAACGUCGAAUCGUACUUCGGUGGCACGCCGACCUCCGUGAACUAUACCGGCGAGCAAUGGGACUUCCCCAACGCGUGGCCGCCAUUACAGUCCUUCUUGGUCAAAGGUCUCCAUCAAACGUCAGUGGAAAGGGCGAUGAAACUCGCCAGAGAACUGGCCGGUAGAUGGCUUAGAUCGAAUUACAUUGGUUACGACGAGUACGGCAAGAUGUUCGAGAAGUACAGCGCGAUACAUCCCGGCGAAAGCGGCGGCGGCGGCGAGUACAUCGCUCAAGAGGGCUUCGGAUGGACGAACGGCGUUGUCUUCGAGUUCCUCCGUCUCUAUCCGGACAUCAAGUACUCAGACAACGGCAGAUAAUGUAGGUGGACCAAUAAGUGACCAAUUGAUCGCGCGACUAAACGUAAUGUGUAAAUACAUGCGCAACAAAAAAAAAGAGAAAAGGAAUUUGACGAUAAGCGGACCGGACGCGUCUCGGCUAAGGAAAAUCGAUCUCUCGUUCUUAUGAAGCAAAUUCUCUCUUCUGAGAACGAGAAAUUCCGUUCCUGUCAGCAAAUCGGGCUCACUUCGUGCACUUGGUCGUAUUAAUUCAAGCAAUCUCUCUCUCUCUCUCUCUCUCUCUCUCUCGCUCUCUCUCUCCUCCGUGUUCGGAUAAUUGAGCGUUUAUAUAGAUAUCAAACAUUUCACAACUAAUCUCGUCUACGACAUAAUCCACAGCAGCGUGAGAAAUGGAGAGAGAGAGAGAGAGAGAGAGAGAGAGAGAGAGAGAAACAGAGA